AUGUCGAAAAGUGAGACAAAAGAAAUAACUAUACGGCAACUGUACACAGAGCUGAAUAAACACUGUUCCAGUGCCGAAUACGACAAGGCACUCAAGGCUGCUAAUAAAAUUAUCGGUCUCGACGCGACCGAAUGGAAAGCGGCCAAGUGUAAGCUGGUCUGCCUGAUUCAAAACGGAAAGUUCGACGAGGUGCUAAAGUUUAUCGAACGUGGCACAUCCAUCCCGGACACUACAUUCGAGAAAUCGUACAGCGAGUAUCGGCUAAACAGGGCCGAAGAUGCGUUUCGCACGAUCCAGUCCGGGCUACCAGCUGGGACGGGUGGCGGAGGCGUUGAACAAUGGGCUGGACUUGCGCCGAAUCUGAAGGAGCUGCUGGCACAGAUCUUGUACCGGUUGGAGCGGUUUGACGAGUGUUUCGAGCUGUACCGGAACAUCAUCAAGAAUACGCACGACGACUACGAUGAUGAGCGUCGAACGAACAUGAGCGCAGUGGCCGCAAAUCGAUGCAUCGUCGGUGGUAGUGUCGACAAGCAGCAACAGCUGGCUGCCAUGAAUCUGCCCGAGGACACGUACGAGCUGACGUACAAUGCGGCAUGUGCAUUGGCUGGCCGGAAGGAGUAUGGUGAAGCGGAGCGCAAGUUACGUACGAGCGAGAAGAUGUGCCGCGAUUCGCUCGAAGAGGACGGUGCGACCGAGGAAGACAUUAUUGACGAGAUCACCAUCAUCAAGGUGCAGCUGGCGUACUGCCUGCAGAUGCAGGGUCGGGUAAAGGAAGCAUCGGCAUUGUAUGCAGACGCGCUGCGUCACAAAACGAACGACGCCGCACUGACGGCGGUCGUCAGCAACAAUUUGGUCGUAAUCAACCGCGAUCAGAAUGUGUUCGAUUCGAAGAAAAAAAUGAAGGUGGCCACUUCCGAGCAGGCAGAGCAGAAGCUAACCACUCGGCAAAGGAAGACGAUUGCGUUUAACAACUGCCUGCUGGCGUACUUUGCCAGUCCGGCGGAAUGUGGUUUGUUGGCGAGCCGGCUCGCUAACGCCCAUCCCGACCUAGAGUUCCAAUCGCUGUUGAUCCGCGUGAGUCAGCUCGCACGCGAUAAGAAGUACCGGGAGGCGGUCGAACUGUUGGAGGGAUACGCGCAACGACUGCCCCGUGACCGGACGACCGAAGUACUGCAGGUGCGGUUUGCCAUCGUGCAGCUCCAGCUGGUGGCAGGCAAUCGAAAGGCAGCGAUUGACACGCUCGAAUCGCUCGGGGAAGCUCGCUAUCAGCCGGGCGUCGUGUCGGCCCUGGUGACGUUGCAUCUCGGGUUGGACAACAAGCAGGCCGCCUCAGAGAUACUGAAGAGUGCAGUCGACUGGUACAAGCGGCAAAAGAGCGCUACGAUCAGCGAUGGUGACCUGAGCGAUAUGUGGCGACAAGCGGCCAGCUUCCAUCUGCGCGGUGGCGAACCGGAAACGGCCGCCAAAAGUCUGGAGGAACUGCUAAGAACCCAUCCGGAUGAUAUGAAGCUGCUGGCACAGCUGGUCAUUGCGUACGCCCAGUUCGAUCCGAAGCGUGCCCAGCAGGCGAGUAAGCGGUUGCCGGCACUGGAAACACUUACCACGGUAUCCGAGAUUGAUGCGCUCGAGGCAACGAACUGGAUGAUGAUAGCGAAGGCAGUCCGACGCAAGCAAAAUCUGCCUGGUGGUGGCCGCACCACCGGUGAUCAGUCGCCCGGUGCCGGCACACCGUCGGCCGAACAGCAGGCCGCAGCCCGCAAGCAAAAGCGCAAGAAGCGUAAGGGCAAACUGCCAAAGAACUACAUCAUCGGUGUGCUACCCGAUCCGGAACGUUGGCUGCCGCGUUACGAACGUACCGGCUACCGGAAGAAGCGCGAUCGCCGCGUAAAGGAAGUAAUGAAGGGUAGCCAGGGAACCACUUCCGGACAGGCCGAUCAAUUCGACAUGACCAAGGCAUACAACCAGACGAAGAACUCACCCGCGACACCGGGCUCUGGGGGACCGGGUGGCGUUACGCAGCUCGAACAGAUGGCCGCUGCCGCUGCUGCAACUCGCCAAUUGCCACGUAAGAGUCAGCACAAGAAGAAAAAGGGUAAACACUAG